CUCUUCCCCCCACAGCCAGGCACUGAAGCUCGCGCCGCGAUGGACCAGCGCAGCAACCCGUACGGCAUGCGGCCCGGCAUGCCCAACGGGAUGCCCCAGCAGCAGCAGCAGCAGCGCGCGCCGCAGCCGGGCAUGCAGCAGCACUACACCAUGCAGGACAUAAUGUUCGACCCGCUGCCCAUGAACAACGGCCUGUACCACCCGCCGCCGCCCAUGCACCAGCAGCACGCGGGUAUGGGCAUGAUGCAGCAGUCAGGAAUGGUGGCGCCCGAGGACGACCCGCGCUUCGUGGACGACCUGCUGGGCGCGCUCAGCAACGACCCCGUCGGACUCGGCCAGCAGCAGCAGCAGCACCUCGGCCAGAUGCCCAGCCACGUCUACGACCAGCAGCACAUGAUGCCGCCGCACUCGCAGGCGCCGAGCCUGCAGCCCGGACGCACGCAGGGCAUGCCCAUGACGAGCCAGGCGCCGCCCAUGCAGCAGAGCGGCAUGCCCGGCUCCAUGCAUAUGAACCAGAUGACGCCCAACGGCGUAGCCAACGGCGCGCGCAUGGGCGUCGGCGGCAUGCAACCGCCAAGCAUGGGUGCGCCCGCUGUCUCGUCGGGACUCGGAACACUUGGAGGCCUAAACGCCAACAUCCCAGCCCCCACUGCCCCUCGUCCGGCUGCUGUAGCACCAAGCGCGAUCGUUCCCACCUCAACCAAGUCCUCGACCAGCUCGCGCGCACUGGCCACAUCCAGUAACAACGGCGGAAGCAGUGACGAAGACGCAGGUAUGGGUGAAGACGACGCCCAGAAGAAGAAGGAGCGCCGCCGCCAGCAGGUCCGCUACGCGUCGCGUCGCCGCCGCAAAAAACAGAAGGACGAGGAGAGCUUCCUGCGCGACCGCAUCGCGGAGCUGAAGGAGCAGAUCCGCAUCAUCGGCGGCGACCUGACGGAGCAGUGCUCGCAGAUGGCGGGCAUGAGCGAGCAGGCGCUGACGGAGGCGUACGAGAAGCAGAUGCAGACGGUGCAGACGCUGCGCAAGGACAACAACAAGCUGAAGGAGCAGCUGCUGCAGCACGAGAACUUCGCGCGCAUGAUCCAGUACGGUCUGAACGCGCUGCCGAGCGACUGCCGCGACGUGGACCGCAAGAAGAUCGCGGGUGUCCCGAUGUGGAUCAGCGACCAGAUGAACCCUCUGAAGGGUCCGACGCUGGUGGUGGACCUGAACCUGUGCCACGAGGCUGUGCGUCACGCGUACAAUGAGCUGAAGACGUUCGGUCCGACGGUGAACUCGAAGACGAACGUGUGCUAUGCUAUGGGCUGGAAGACGGAGCUGUGGGCGGCGAGCACGUGCCUCAACUUCCGCGCCAUGCGCUCUAUUAGCGACAAGAACAUUCGCGAAGUCGCGAAUGCCUCGUGGGAUAUCAUCACGUCACCGGAGAAGUGCAAGCGCAUUUACCCGGACGUGAAGCAGUUCCGUAUCCUGCAGAAGGUGACGGACGAUAUUGUGGUGGUGCACCGCAUUGCCUCGGUUGCAUCCGACAUGUCCGACCGUGAGUUUAUCAGCGUGGCGUUCCGGUUGCGUGAUGGCGAUGACUACUACAUCGGCCUGAAAUCCAUUACGGUUCAGACCGAGGCCGCUGAGAACUGCAUCCGGGGUGAGGAGUGCCAGGGCUGGAUGUUCAUUGGUGGUGAGAACGAGACGUCGCAGUGGAAGGCGCACUUCCUGGGCUACUACGACGUCAAGGGUGAGAAGGACGACAAGGUGCUGAAUCAGCUCGCGAACGAGGCGAUGUUCGGAAUGCUGAGAUGGGAGAGCGAGGCCAUGCACCCGCUCAGUGUGUAGCGCUCCAACCGCCAGUUCAAGGCUAACAUCGGCGACAUCGAUCGUCAGACCAAAUCUCCAACUAUCCGUCCGUGUGUAUGUGCAGAUCUGCAGCUCAACUGCGUCAUCGAAGAUUGCAGGCCGGUAGUGUCACCUCAAGUGUCCAGCAACCACAAUCUUGCAUCUCGGGAACAGACACAGAUCGCCAAACUUGCAUCAUGCGGCACUUGCUUUCAGAGCCUCCUGCCUUCAAUAUAUCAAAGUAUCGUUUCCCACU